AUGUCGUCGUCGUCGUCGUCGUCGUCGAAUCGUCCGACGAUCGAGUACGACGACGGCGUGCGAGUGUACGCGCCGGAUGGGAUGGAGAGCGUUUUAUUCAGCGAGUGUGGUUUCGGCGCGGAUCAGCACGGCCAAGACGCGACCAAGGCGGCGCUGCGGGCGUGCAGGAACGCGAUUGAGUUUAACUCGAUCCCGUCGAUCCGGGAGAUCGUUCCGGGGGGGUACGAAGGGAUGAAGAUACACGUGCACCUCGGCGUGCCGAGAGGGGCUUCGGUGGACCGAGACGCGGUGCGGGAUUCUUUUCCGUACGGUGAGGUUCUUCCGGUGGUGGUGGACGAUGGGGGGUUGCGGACGCGGUCGUGGAUCGCGAUUCCGGAGCAGGGCGACGCGAACGAUGAUUUCUUGGUGUGCGUGGCUAACGUGAGCGUCGGGUAUUGA